AUGGCGAAAAUCCUAUUUGUUUUAGGACUGAUAUUGGUGUCUACAACAGCUUCUUACAUUAAUGUGAUGAAUGAUACUUUUAAUGACUUAAGCAACUGGCUAGAAAAUGUUAUGCCUGGUGCUGAUUCUGGCAAUAAUGAAUGGGAAUAUUAUACAGAUAGCCCUAACAACAUUUUUAUCGCUCAAGUCAAUGGACAAAAUGCAUUAGUUCUUAGAGCUCUUCAGCAAAAUUAUCAAGGCUAUAAUUAUACUUCUGGAAAAGUAAGUUCAGUUCGACCAUGGGGUCCAUAUGGUUUUUUUAAUAUCAAAGCAAUUGUUCCAAAAGGAAAUGGCUUAUGGCCUGCAAUUUGGCUUCUCCCACCAAACUCAAAAAGUAUUUAUGGAAGCUGGGCUGCUUGCGGAGAAAUUGAUAUUAUGGAGGCAAUUUGCACAGAAACAGCUGGACGCUCAACUUUGCAUUUUGGAGGUCAAUGACCAAACAAUGCUCAGUACCCAGAAGCUCCAAAAAAUCAAUUCCCUUUUACAGCUGAUUGGAGUAAUCCUCACUGGUAUGGGGUUGAUUGGCAGCCAAACUACAUCAAUUUCUGGUAUGAUGCUCAAAUAGUAAAUGGACAAAUAACUGGAGGAACCUUAAUAAAUAGCAUUUCAUCAAGCAAUUGGUAUUCUCUAAACUCAAAUGGCCAAAGAUAUCCAGGAAAUGCACCUUUUAAUCAACCAUUCGGCAUAAUCCUGAAUUUGGCAAUAGGAGGAAGCUGGCCUUGCUCAGUUCCUGGAUGUUGUAGUAAUAUCGCUGUUCCUGCCCAAAUGACAAUUUUUAAUGUUCAGGUUUGGGAAAAUGCUCAGUCUGAAGAUCAAAUUUAA